GUUUUAAGGCAGCAACCUGAACGAGCUGGUUGAGACAAGUUCCACCGGUCAGGUCACAUCACUUGGUACACCUCUUACCUAUAUCGCACCACGGUAACACUUGUAGACAUUCCUCCCAUCUCAGGUUCAAAGUAGAUCACCUCAAAGACCUUCGUCGUAGAAAAGAGUGCAAGUCGAACGAGCCGCCCACACGAAGAAACGCGAAACCCUCUACCUCAACCUCGAACUCGAAUUCGAACUCGAACUUGAACUCGGUGUCAAGUACCGCUCGCUACAUAACUUAGAGCUCUGAAUCGAAGAUGAACCCAGCUACUUAUGGAGGAGACGAAGUCUCAGCGAUAGUCAUCGACAUCGGGACCCAAACCACCCGAUCUGGAUUCGCAGGCGAAGAGACCCCACGUUCGGUCGUCCCCACCGCCUUCGGUUAUAUCAACCUCUCUUCCUCCCAGCACCACCACCAGUCCAACUCCAACUCCAACCUGGCUGGGGAAGAUGGUGAUGUCGGUGCUUCAAUUUCAACUUCCGGUGACAAUGAUAAUUCUAUGGCAGUGGACGCCCCCUCCGACCGUCGAACACCAGAAGGAGAGUCCAACUUGAAUUUGAACACGAAUGGGAACACGAACACGAACGGGAACACGGUGAAUGGGAACAACAAACGGGGAAAAGUGGAAAAACGUUUCUUCAUGGGCGACCAAGGAGUGAACAUGUGGAGGGAAGGGAUGGAGGUCGGGUCGUUGAUGCGGGAUGGGAUCAUAACCGACCCCGAAGCCCUCCCCCACCUGCUGCACCACACCCUACACACAUCCCUCUCCCUCCCAACCUCCGAACCGACCGCCCACCCUCUCCUCCUAACAGAGCCCGCUUGGAAUACGCGCCAGGCUAGGGAACUGUUGGCAGAGGUGGCUUUUGAGGGGGAGGGGGUGCCGGGGGUUUAUAUCGCUUGUUCGAGCGUUUUGAGCGCAUUCGCUGCUGGGAAGGGGACGGCCUUGAUCGUAGACGUUGGGAGUGAUCUCGUCAGCGUCGUACCGGUCUGUGACGGAUACGCUAUCCGAUCAGGCACCAAACGUCAACCCCUCUCCAUCACCCUCCUAAAUUCGCAGAUCCAAACCUUCCUCAAACACUCUCACUCGUCGACUUCUCUGCUUCCUCAUCACCUGAUCAAAUCGCGUAAACCCGUCGGAUUGGGCCAGCCGCCUCAGGUCCAGUGGAACCAGGCCAGGGUGGACAAGACCACAGACAGUUGGAAGUCGUACUGGACGAACAAGGUUGUCGAUGGGUGGAGGGAAGGGUGUGCGGAGGUCAUGGUCGGAGGUUAUUCGCCCGAGCUGGCGAGGAGUAAACCGACCAAGAUGUACGAGUUCCCCGAUGGAUACGGAGCGCAGUUCGGAGAGGAGAGGUUCAGGUUGACGGAGAGCAUAUUCAACCCAGAGGCGUUCUUGGACAAGACCAUUGCACCACCCGAACAACUCUACGCGACUCCUUCGGCACCGACGGCUCACCCCUUGAAUGAACUCCGAGGCCUAGCUGACCUGGUGCACGAUAGCGUCUUUGCCGUCGACUCGGACCACCGAGCUGUGCUACUCCAGAACAUCGUCCUCGUCGGUGGCGGAUCUACCAUCCCCGGUCUCGCCGAUCGACUGAAUCACGAACUCUCCCUCAAGAUCCCCGGUAGCAAGCUCAAGAUCCACGCUCCGGGUAACUCGAUCGAGCGGAGACAUUCGGUCUGGCUGGGAGGGAGCAUCUUGGCGAGUUUGGGGACGUUCCAUCAGUUGUGGGUCGGAGCGGAAGAAUGGAAAGAGCACGGACCGGCCAUCUUGGCGCAACGAUGCAAGUAAUUUCACGGCGCCGAUCGUCUUGUUGUAAAAGGGUCAAUACGAACAUAAAUAUAUGCGGUCAUCAAUCCUACCCGGUACAAAGCGAUUCUUUCGUCGGAUAUCACGUCAUUCUCUGUAUCUGCCCCCCUACGUUCGCUAUGGCUUGAAACUCAGUCGAUAUGCAAGUUCUCGG